AUGGAAGAGCUCCUGAACCUGUACCCUAGCGAAAUUAAAGGUUUAAGCGAAGACAACUAUGGCUUGCUUAACCGGUUUGUAAUGGCCCCUCGGGAGAGGAAUGAAAAGUGUGAUGACGCUGACAAUGUUAGGGAGGAAGAAGGAGAAAAGAAUGAAGCCGCAGGGAAGGAAGGGACAAAUUUUGACCAUGCAAAGGAAGUAGACACAGAUGAUGGUUAUUAUGGGUCAGACAGACUGUACGAUAAUGGAAAUGACAAAAAUAAGCUUCCCUUUGACAAAAAAAAACACGAAAAGUUGAUAAAAAAAAUAUGCUAUCGUAACGAUUUAAAAUACUACAAUUAUUACAUUAACAAUUUUGAAAAAAUAAAAAACAUCAAAGGGAUAAAGGACAGAGGAGAAAAUCGAAUUUGCGUGUUAAUCCUUUGCCUAAAUUAUAUAUACUGCAAUUUAAAUAAUGAAAUUAUGACCAUUCAUGAAUUGAAAAGGCAAAUAAAAAAAAACAUCACCAAGACCAGAGUUUAUUGCAAAAACUUAGCCAAAAUUUUGUUUAUCAUAUGUGGUAAAUUACAAAUAAAAAAUUUUACAAAAAAUGAUAUACUUUCAUAUAUGGAAAAGUGUAUUACAACGAUAAUUAAGAGGCUGAAAUAUUUGGACGAUAAUGUGGAACGUCAGGCUGACCUCCAUGUGAGUAGCAGGGCGAACAUUUUUGAUGGCAUUUUCGAUUUUAUAAAUAAUGGCUCCUGUGAUGAUUUUGUUAUGAAGGAGGAAGGGGCACUAUUCGGUGAGGUAACUUCAGAUGUGGAAGAAGUGGGGGAGAUUCCCCACGCAUGCCUAAACGAUACAGAUAAUACACAGAGUGAAAACUGCAGUAUCAGGCGCACGGAGGGGAUAAGAAGAAAAUCCAAAACGCAGAAGAGAAAAAAUGAAAAAGAUGAGGGCAAUGAAAGGAAAAGAAAAAACACCACAACGUCGAAAGAAGUGACAAAAGAUAUAGACAAAAAUGUGAUGAUCGAAUUUUUGGAAAAAAAUGUAACGUUGCUAUCUUUAUACUGCUGCGUGGUAUACUCCAUAUUCAUUCUUUCGAAUCGAACUGAAAAUAUGGACACCAAUUUGUACAACAAGGAGAGUAGAAAGUGCGGCGGGAAUUUGCAUUAUUUUCUGUGUUCGUCCAUUAUCAUCACUUUUGAUGUAUUCAAUAUAAAGGUAAAAGACCAGUUUGUUUGUUCCUGCCUAGGUGUUGUCCAACAGACGAUAGCGACAGAAAAGAAAAAAAUGCUGAAAUUCUUUUUAACCACAUUUAGUCAGUUUCUUGGAUUGGACGUACCCUCCAUUCAGGCAGUCCCCCUAUUCAUGCGCAUCCUUUUUAGCAACUACAUCCUCCUGCAAAUGUACUUAUUUUACAUCGUACAAAAUUACCAAUUGAUAAAAAAAGAGGGCUUCCUACUUGCAAUGGAGCAGUUGCAAAUCUUUUUAGCGAAACUGUUUGGAAUUAUUCACCAGAAGUUUUUAAACGUAGCAGAUAUUUCUGUGGAUUACGACUUGUUCCUUCGAUCGGAUUGGGUUUGUAAAAACAUCGUGCAGCUCGUUUCGCAAAAUGAUAACCUUUCAACUGUGAAGAAGUUGUUAAAAGAUUUAACCAAAAGUUACCCAACGGAGCAGGAAAGGAAAACUCGAGGUGAAUAUAGUUUUGAGGAGUCCUACCAGAUAGACUUGAACCAUAUUGAUUUGUACAUCCCUCGAAUUUUAGCUCACUGCUUGGGUAUCUGUAAAGGGCAAAUUCCACCAACUGAUAACCCCCUUCCAUGUCUUUCUGUGGGGGAAGAGAAGACUAUCCUCGAGCAUCACCACAAGAAGGGGAAUGAAUUGGCAAGUGUGAUCAACGUUAAGUCGUCACUCCACGAGGCAAAUGCAUACGGGGAAGACACGUUUGAUUAUCAGAGGGAUAUAUUCGAUGAGGAUGGAAUGGAUCGAAGUGCUUCCCUGAAUUGUAGAAAUGAGGGGAAUGGCGACCCGAAUACCUACGACGAAUCAACACGAAGUAGCAGCUCCAAUAACACCCCAUGCACAAAUGCACACAGAAAAAGCCCCAACAGUGGAGUAAAGAAGAAACAGGAAGCUUGCCUAGAGGAAACAAAACUGGAGGGAAAUCACGCAGCCCAUUUUGAAAAAGGGGAUACAUUAAAAACACAAUGUGAAAAUGCCUCACUGGACUUCUUCUCCUGCCAUAUAAAAAUUUUGAAAAAAAUAAACCUACAAAAUAUACACGAAAUGAACAUGGAAAUAAUUCCAUUUUUUAACGUGAAGAUAGUUGUUCAGUUUUUAUUCUACAGUGUUUUGAAGAGCAUUAUUUACAAUUGUUAUUCGGUCAGUUUUUUUAGUGUCCACAAUUUGCACCGGUCCGUUAGUACCAGGAAAAGCGCAAAAGAGGAUUCACGUGUGUGUGAAGAAUUGCAAAAGGGGGAACCUCCUUUCAUGUCCAUUUUUUUAAAAAACAAAAUUGCCAGUAAAAUCAAAGAAAUGAAGGGUAAAAAAUACACCUUCCAAAAAUACAUAAUUUGUGAACAACCCUACUACAUAGAGAAGUUUCAAAAUUGUAAAAUGUUUGGAGAAGAGGCGAGGAGGUUUUUAAGUGACCAACAUAUUAAACUGGAGAGUGUUAAGGAUUUGUUCCCGAAGUGUGCUAUUGAGGAAGGCGCGAAUGACUCCCUUUUCUUGGAUACUUCCAGCGACCGUACUUUUAAUGGCGCUGCUGUCCAGGCGGAGGGGGAACAGUCUCCCUUGUGUAGAAAUGACAAAUUGUCCGGGAGUAGCGCAAGUGGAAGUGGAGGAAUUAAAGGAAGUAAGAACAUGCUGAUGCGAAGCAACAGCCACGGCAGAAGUGACCCCCACAACGGGAAGAAAAUAAAAAUAGCCCUAUGCCACUACGACGUGAGUGUCGAUAAUUGCAACGAUUGCCACAACAGCCUAAAGGAAGAGCCAUUCACCCUGUUCGAUUAUAUUUACAACAGCAAAAUGAUGAAGGAAUACAAAAACGUCGGGCAGUUAUUCUCCAGAAAAAACUUUACUCUACUUUUUAACAUGUUUAACAAUAUGAAUUAUCCAUUCCAUGGAAAUAAAAAAAAAUUAGUAAAAAUGAACGACUGUUUGUACCACACCUACCAUUUAAUAGGCAUUAAAAAAAUUGCCGGCAAUGGGUAUAGCUUCACCUACAAAAACGAGCUAAAUGACAAUUAUUACAAAGUCCUAAAAACGAAAAUUUGUAACAUUCUGUCUUUGCAAGACAUUUAUUUUUUGUUUAACCGAUUUUUUUAUUUCUUGUUUGUUUAUAUCAAAUCGCACUGCUGCUUUGGGGCGAAAACUGGCGGCCAUUCAGGCACUGCCGAUGAAGUAGAGCCCCUGCCAACGCAGUCAUCGCAGUCAUCACAAGCAGCGAAGGUUUGUCCCUGUAACAAGGCCAACUGCUGUUACAAAAUUAAAACCAUUGUGUUAUUUGGAAACGUCUAG